CAGAUAAGUAAAAAGUGAGCUCCUCGGACGCACGACAACACACCAACUGAAGUGGAAAGCGGCUCCUGUUCUGCUCCUUAUCCCAUUUCGGACGCUGCGUACAAGGCGGUCCAAACUCCAAACUGCUGCGGGACUGAACCAAAAGCAGAGAGCUGAGAAGAGAGACGCGCAUUUGCCUUGUGUCUACUUGCUGCUCUUCUUUUUUGUGUGUGCGUGAGUGUUUCUUUAUGACUGCGAAUUUGUUUCCGACUUAUUUAUAGGUGGAAAACAAUCGCUUUUUUUGUUUGUUUGCCAUCUCGACGACUAACUUUAACUAAUGACGGCAGAGGUCCAGCAGCCCCCAGCGCAGACUCCUGCCCAGAGCAGCCCGAUGUCUGCUCCGGAGAAGUCACACGGACAGACGGUGGUGAUGGAAACCGCUUCCUCCACUACGAAAACCAAGAAGACAAACGCAGGGAUCCGACGACCAGAGAAGCCGCCUUAUUCCUACAUAGCUUUAAUAGUCAUGGCUAUCCAGAGCUCUCCGACCAAGCGUCUGACGCUCAGCGAAAUCUACCAAUUCCUGCAGAGCCGCUUCCCGUUUUUCAGAGGCUCGUAUCAGGGAUGGAAGAACUCCGUGCGUCACAACUUGUCCCUGAACGAGUGCUUCAUCAAGCUGCCUAAAGGCCUCGGCCGGCCCGGGAAGGGCCACUACUGGACUAUCGACCCGGCGAGUGAGUUUAUGUUCGAGGAGGGCUCCUUCAGAAGGAGACCCAGGGGCUUCAGGCGCAAGUGCCAGGCGCUGAAGCCCAUGUACAGCAUGAUGAACGGCCUGGGAUUCAACCACAUCCCCGAGUCUUACAACUUCCAGGGGAGCGGCGGGGGCCUAUCCUGUCCGCCCAACAGCUUGUCUCUGGACAGUGGGAUUGGAAUGAUGAAUGGACACUUGGCAGGUAACAUGGAGGGGAUGGGUCUGUCCGGUCACUCCAUGUCACACUUGUCGACCAACAGUGGACAUUCCUACAUGGGAAGUUGUACAGGAUCCACCGGGAGUGAUUAUCCCCACCACGACAAUUCCGCCUCCCCUCUGCUCACCAGCGGGGGAGUCAUGGAGCCUCACCCCGUCUACUCGAGCUCGGCCUCGGCGUGGGCUCCGGCCCCCUCGGCAUCGUUGAAUAACGGGGCUUCCUACAUCAAGCAGCAGCCCCUAUCUCCUUGCAAUCCAGGAGCGAACCCUCUGCAGCCCAGUUUGCCCACACAUUCACUAGAGCAGCCGUACCUGCACCAGAACGGCCACAGCACCACAGAUCUACAAGGUAUUCCUCGGUACCAUUCCCAGUCUCCCAGCAUGUGUGACCGAAAGGAGUUCGUGUUCUCCUUCAACGCCAUGACGUCCUCAGCCAUGCACUCACCGGGCAGCAGCUCCUACUAUCACCACCAACAGGUCUCCUACCAGGACAUCAAGCCCUGCGUGAUGUGAAGCGACGCCAUGCUGUCCUCCUACACCCAAAGGACACAAAUCUGCCGACCAGAGGACGCUGUCACAGACUUUGAGCCACGCAGCAGAGGCAACUGAAACGAGAACGAAUGCGUAAAUUACCACUGAGAGACUUAAAAGGCUUGGCCCUAGCCUUGGAGAGUGCGCUCACUGCGUAGACCGGACUACUUCUCUGUUUUUACGCAGAGACAAAGACAAGGAGACAUUUACAAAGCAACCACGUAAUAAUAAUAUAUAAUAAUAAAAAAAAACUACUUUUUUUUCCUCCAUUGCAUUAUCAUCGACCACCGGGGUAAAGAGUGGGCGCAGGGAUCCUUGCUGUCGUUUGGUACUUAGUCCUGCAGAGCGGAUGACUAUCAUUUCUACACUUUUUUUGUUCAUGUUUAUUCAUCUUGUUAAAGCAGGCCAAUGUAAAAGAAAAAAAAAAAAAAGAAAAAACAAAAACAAAAAAACAAAAAAAUGCACACUUCCAUUUUUCUCUGUCUAAAGUUUUUAUCCGACUUUUUUUUGUUGUUGUUGUUGACAAAUUUAGACUGAGGUUCUGUUUUUUGGACUUAGCCAACCAACGUUGAUUAUUGAAACGAUCAAUUAUGGACAUUGCAUAUAUUCUGUGUGUCCAGAUACUGUAUAAUGUGUAAAGAUGACGGCACUUUUUUUUUUGAAUAGCCUAUAAGCGCAACAUUUUAUUUAUUCUGUAGGCCUCUAUUUUAAUUUCAGGCGAAUUUUGGGCCAAGGAGUCAUUUGCUUUAUUGGCAAUAUUUGUCAGAACGCUUAUUAUUUGUUUUAAAAAUGAAAAAUUGAGGAUAUAUUGUAAGCACUGUUAUGUCGUUUGUUUCAAAUAUAUUGUAGACCAUUACUUCCAGCACUGUAUACUUAUAUAUUGGUAGGAAAAUUAGCGAGGGCUGAUCUUUAGGCUUUUACUACAACAAAUCAUUUGUAAGAAAUAAAAUAUAUCUGCUGGGCUGUUUGGGCCUGUAAAUCCACAGAAAUAAGACACAUUUCCAUUUUGUCACACACACACACACACCAUCUCUGGUGUUGUUUGGGGGAACCAAAAGUGAAAUUGGAAAAAAAAAAAAUUUAUUUGUAAUUCUCAACACUGAUAAUUAUCAAUUCUAAAUAUUUUAAGCGAAAAAAAAUGUCAUCCAUUUUGCUAUAACUCCACAAUAUUAAUUUAAUAGAGUUCUUACAUGAAUGUAUAUUAUUGUAAUCAAUCUAAAACGGUGGGCAAACUGAGUUCGUGUGGACUUAAUCUGCAUUUUUGGGACAAUUGUGAGCUUUACGCACAGGUCCGCUAUCAGUACAAUAUUACUUCAGAUGAAUGUUCCAGAAAUAUCAGUCUGUUGUUUUCACCUGGCAGGAGCUGGUAUUUUGUCAUCUGAUAUUAUAUGAACAAAUCAGAUUUUCCACAAAACAGCGAUUAAUUAAAAAUGAAUUGCUUAAAAAGUUAAUCGUGGAAUGCCUCCUAUGUAAGAAGAGUGUGCAGCAAUUAAGGCGGAACAAAUCAGAUCUCACCCGCGUUUGGUUACAGGGUGAAAACCUGCAGCUCUCCCACCGUCCUGGUAAUUCUCCUCCGAAGCAUUUUGUCCAAAUAAUACUUCUGCGUAAUAUCCUGCUGGAAAUAUAAUAAAUGGUGCUGAUCUAACCCUUUAAACUCGUGUAAUGAUUAGUUCCAGGGUGUCCAGCGAGACGCACGGAUUUUGCGAAAUUUACACAAAGAAUGGGUUCAAGAGAAAAAAAAAAACGUCUCCUAAAUGGUAAAAAGAGCUGCAACGUGAAAUGAAGCUUUGUUUCUCCUCUAAAAUAUUAUUUCCUUAUUAAAUACUAUAGAAAUACAAACCACACCAUGUACAACAAAGGCACAAUAAGAUACAAUUAAAUAUAGAUACAAACAAUGAAUGUGUGAAUUUCUCAAUGUCUUUACACACCAGCUAAAUGUUACACAGCCACAAAUUAUUAAAGGGCAUGAGGUAGUUUUGCUAAAUGCUCCUUUUUAAAUACUUUAUCAAUUAUAGCAUUUCUUUUACAAGAGUCAUGAGCAGAAGCAGCUUUGAGGUUUAAUGUGGUUAAUUUAGUCACUUCAGCUGGCACAAAUCAGGAAAGGUCUAGAUUUCCUUUAGGAUUUAAAAUGUGCAGUUUCAGUUUCAGUGGUGUUGAAAACAACAGGUGCUCCUCAUGUAGGAAACAUGUUGAGCACAAUCUAUUUGUGAGCAACAGCAUUCACUCUGAUGCUUAGCUCUUGUCAUUUAAAAGGAGCUGUAAUUUAAGAUGUUCAUUAAAUUGUGUAAGUCGAGUUGCUGUGUGCACAUGUACAUCUUUACAAGAGGAUGUAAUGUGCUCUGGUUUGAUACUCGCCUGGCUUUGCAGACUCACAACAUGACCACUGACUGAACCCCAGUAAAAGGAGCAUGCCACGGAGCACAGGGGUAAGCAGGAUCAACAGCAGUGGAACGGCACAUUAACAAACUGAUGACAUUUGCCGAGGUUCAGCACUCUGGCCGGGCUCAGGGAGAGAGAUGGAGCUUCACAGCUGCUCUCCGGCCAGGCCUGGAUGACAGCUCCAUAAAAAGCCUGAGGCCUGCACUGUGCAGACAGACAUGCCGUGUGCUUGUGUCUCAAUGCAACCACGGCUUCAAUGAAAAGCUGGACACUUUUCUGGCACUGCGGUGAUCAUUUAGCAGGUAACAUCUGUGCAGAAACACGGAAACAUGUACGCAGAAACAUGCAGGUUAUUGGGCAUUCAAGUCUGGAUAACCGACUUUGUUGCUUCUAUCAUUACUUGUGUUACUUAAAUGUAAAUUCGUCUGGUGUUUCGUCUAUAAAAUAACAAUAUUACUGCAGAUAUACCAUCUUCAAAAACAAAGCAGCAGUAAAAUGUCAUCCUCCUGGAAUAAUCUCUAAACAUUCGC